AUGUCUUUUGAUCCAGCAGCACGCGGACGUGGCCGUGGUGGCCGUGGUGGUGGAGAUCGUGGUGGUAGGGGUGGUGGAGAUCGUGGUGGUAGGGGUGGUGGAGAUCGUGGUGGUAGGGGUGGUGGAGAUCGUGGUGGUAGGGGUGGUGGAGAUCGUGGUGGAAGAGGGGGCGGUUAUGGUAGCGGAGAUCGAGGUGGAGGGCGGGGUGGUUACGGUGGCGGGGACCGUGGUGGCCGGGGAGGAGGUGGCCGGGGCCGUGGCGGUCCGGUAGUCGUCUUCAAAGACUCCAAAUACCCUGCGGAGGCCCCUGAUGCGAAUGUCUCCAAGAUGGAAAAUGACUACCAUCGGAGCUUGUCGGAAAUCGGUGCUCUUAGUAAGAUGACUCUCAGCCAGAGAUAUCCUGCUCGUCCGGGGUACGGGACUAGUGGCCGACCGGUCCAGCUUUUCACCAAUUCAUUCUCGUUGAAUACCAGACCCAACUUCACUUUGAGUCGAUAUAUGGUAGACAUAUCGCCAAACAUGGACGCUGCCAAAAAGAAACGAACCCAGCUUUUUAGGCUCGUACUCGAGUUGCCUGAUAUUGCAAACAUUCCUAUUGCCACGGAUUACGCUUCGAUGCUUAUUACACCAAACAAGUUGCCUUUCACAGAUGAGCGUAUUUUCGAUAUCCCUUGGCGAAACGAAGGGGAGGACGAUCCACUUCCAAAUGCCCAAGUUUACCACGUUCGCAUCAGCUCCCCCACCUCUUUCAACAUCUCCGAUUUUGUUCAGUUUUUAUCCAAGACAUCUGCGACUGAUGUAUCAGACGGACAAAAAGAGGAGACUAUCCAAGCCAUGAAUACACUUCUCGGAUUUUAUGCAAAGACUGAUAAAAGAACUGUUUCCAUUGCCGGUAACAGACACUUCUCUACGGCUCGAGAGGGAAACGAGCAUAAUUUUACGUCCCUCAGUAUGGGACUGGAGGCUAUACGCGGCUUCUAUCAGAGUGUUAGACCAGCUACUGGUCGACUACUGUUAAACGUGAACGUUACUCACUCCGUCUUUCUUGAGCCUAGUGCUCUGGUUUCUUUAUUCCAAAAACUUGGCUAUGGUCAUGGUGUUGUAGAUAAGAUUAAAAGGAAGCGUGUCGUAGUGACUCACUUAUCUGCAAAAAAGUCUAAGAACGGUGCGACCAUUCCGCGGGAGAAAUCCAUUUGGGACUUGGCUCGCCCAGGUGACGGUAGCACGGAGGAACACCCUCCACAGGUUGCAAGAUAUGGCGCUGGACCAAAAAACGUCAAGUUUUACAUUUCUGCUGAAGCACCGUCAACGAAAGGCGAUGCUCCACCUAAGCCCGGAACAAAAAAAGCUUCUGCCGCGGCCCUUAAAGUCAAUAUGUACAUCUCAGUAUUUGAUUACUUUAAAGCCAAAUAUCCGAGCUUUAAGUUGAACCCAGAUUUUCCGGUGGUCAACGUUGGUAGCAACCUUAAACCAUCUUAUCUACCAGCGGAGGUCUGCAUUAUAAAACCGGGUCAGGUUGUAAAAAAGGCUCUACUAGGGGAUCAAACUCGAACGAUGUUAGAUUUUGCAAACAGAAGGCCCGAGCCCAAUGCUAUGUCCAUUAUCACAUCUGGUAAACAAGUCUUGGGACUAAAUGCUCAGGACAAUCCCCUUUUAGCUAAAUUCGGAGUUCAGGUUGGUAACAGCCUGAUAACUGUUCAAGGUCGUGUGUUACCGCCACCCGCAAUCAACUACAAGAACAAACAACUUCGCGCAAUGACGACGAUGCCUAGGGAUGGUUCUUGGAAUAUGAGAGACACGCGCUUUCAUACUUGUGGAGAUCUAGGCUCAUGGACUUACAUGGUAAUUGAAUCUACAAGCCGUGCUGGUGGUAGAGUGGACCAGCAGCUUGUGAGAGAUGCAGUAGAUCAAUUCCGGAGACACCUUCAUGGUGCAGGUAUAGGUGUUCAAGGUUACAUAGGUACGCCAGCACCUUCUAUCAAGCACAUAGAGGGAAAUGAAGCGGCUACCUCUCACGAUGUUUCAACUGUCUUUACGAAGCUCACUACAUCCCAAAACUUUCCAAAGCCCAAGUUUGUUCUCUGUAUCCUUCCGGUCAACGAUGUGAUGCUUUAUAACACGAUAAAGAGACAUGCAGAUACCAGAGCUGGUAUACAUACAGUUUGCGUACAAUACUCGAAGUUUGUAAAGGGAGAUCUACAAUACUUUGGCAAUGUUGCGUUGAAGUUCAAUCUCAAGGCGGGUGGUAUUAAUCAGACAAUCGACAAACUCGGCGUUAUCAAUGAAGGGAAGACGAUGGUUGUCGGCAUUGAUGUUACACAUCCAUCCCCUGGAUCGAAAGAGACAGCCCCUAGUGUUGCUGCCAUGGUAACAAGCACUGAUAAACUAUUGGGCCAAUGGUCAGGUAUUUGUCGCUUGCAGAACCAAGCCCGACAAGAGAUGGUGUCAGAUCUUGAAUCAAUGUUCAUGAGGCUCUUGGAUAUCUGGAGCAAGAAAAACAAAGCAUGGCCUGAAAACAUCCUAAUUUACAGAGAUGGUGUUUCGGAAGGGCAAUACAACAUUUUGCUCGACCAAGAAUUACCGAAGAUUAGGAAUGCUUGUCGUCAAAAGUACCCAGCUGAUUUGACCAAGAAAAACCUCCCGAGAAUCUCGAUCAUAGUCUGUGGUAAACGUCAUCACACACGGUUCUAUCCAAAGGAUGCUGAAAGCGCUGAUUCUAAAUCAAACUGUCCUGCUGGAACCGUCGUCGACCGCGGGGUUACUGAAUCUCGCAACUGGGACUUUUUCCUCCAACCUCAUCAAUGUCUCAUGGGGACGGCAAGACCAUGUCACUACUUUGUCAUCCUGGAUGAAAUCUUCAAGUCCCAGAAGGUGAAGGCUCCUCAUCAGACCUCGGCCGAUUCCCUUGAGGAGUUAACGCACAACAUGUGCCAUCUGUUCGGGCGAGCAACCAAGGCUGUCAGUCUGUGUCCACCUGCAUAUUAUGCGGAUUUGUUAUGCACGCGCAUGAGAGCAUACCUCGCAGAUCAAGUCAAUGUUCUGGAUCUAGGCAUCACGAAAUGUUCCGGCAAAAACACCUGUGCUCUGCCUCAAUAA